AUUAAUUAUUAUUUAAUGGUUAAGCGUAGCAAAGGAUAGUUCUUUAAAAAGAAAAUGAAUUCAAAAUUCAAAGCAUCAUAAAAAGGAUCAAAGAGUGGAGCAUCAACAAAUCCAGAUAGAAAAUUACCUGAGAAAUAAUUGAAUGCUAAACACUAGUUCUUUAGAUCGAAAUAAACAAUUUAAAGAUUGAACUUAUACAAUGAGAAACCAAAUAAGUAUUGAAUGAUUAGAAUGAUUAGGGAGGAAAUGUGGAAAUAAGCAACAUAACCUGCAAGAAUAGAUCCAAAUAGAAAAUGGUUUGGAAAUAUUAGGACAAUAGAUUAAUAAUAGCUUGAUAAAUUAAGAUAAGAGAUGGCAAAUAGAACGCAUGAUCCAAGGAGUGUAUUGAUAAAGGCAAAAUAAUUACCCUUAUCAUUAUUGGUUGAGGCACAGAAAAAAAAUAAGAAUGUACCAUUAUUGGAAUUAGAAAGUUAUGAAGUAUAAAUAGUAAAUAACUAAAGGAUACAUAUGGACCAAAAUCAAAGAGAAAGAGAAUAAAAUUAAAUGUUGAGACAAUGGAAGGAUUAGCAGAUUAAGUUGAAUAAAAGGAAUAGACAUAUGUUGUAGAAAAGGAUGAGAAAUUGAAUCCAGUUGAGAUAGUAUAAUAGGAGAGUAGAGAUAAAAGAUUGACAGCAGGAUAAUCAAAGAGAAUUUGGGAAGAAUUAUAUAAGGUUAUCGAUUCUUCAGAUGUUUUGGUUUGUAUUCUUGAUGCUAGAGAUCCUAUGGGAACAAGAUCAUAUCAUUUAGAGAAUCACAUAAAGAAGAAUUGUCCACACAAACAUUUAGUAUUAUUAAUAAAUAAAUGUGAUUUAAUACCUACAUGGUUAACAUCAAGAUGGGUUUAAUAUCUUUCAAAAGAAUAUCCAACUAUAGCUUAUCAUGCAAAUGUUAAUAAAGCAUUUGGCAAGGGUCCAUUCAUAAAUCUAUUGAGAUAAUUUGAUAAAUUUCAUAGAGAUAAGUAGACUAUUUCUAUAGGCUUUGUGGGAUAUCCAAAUGUUGGAAAGAGUUCUGUUAUUAAUUCAUUAAAAAAAAGAAAGGUUUGUAAAGCUGCUCCAGUUCCAGGAGAAACUAGAGUUUGGCAAUAUGUUGCAUUAACUAAAAGAAUAUAUUUAAUUGAUUGUCCAGGAGUUGUAUAUUAAAAUGAAGGAAAGAAUGAUAUUGAAGUUGUAUUGAAAGGAUGUGUUAGAGCAGAAAAAUUGGAUGAUCCUGAGUUUUACAUUCCAGCUUUAUUAUAAAAAGCAAGAGCUCCAGAUUUAAAAAGAAUUUAUGAUAUCGAUGAUUGGAUAGAUGAACAUGAUUUCCUUAAAAAGGUUGCUAUUAAAAAAGGAAAAUUAGCAAAGGUUAAUUUUAUAAUUAUAUUUUUAAGGGUGGUGAGGCUGAUACCAAAUCAACUGCUAAAUUAAUUCUUAUGGAUUGGCAAAGAGGAGAAAUUCCAUUCUUGACUUACCCUCCUGAUUAUGUUCAGAAAGAUGUUGUUGAAGAAAAUAUUGAUGAUGAAGUUCUAGAAAAACAAUAAAUAGAACUCAAUGACUAAAAAUUAUAAGAAAUACUCGUCCAAAAUAAAUGA